AUGGCCCAUGCGCACGCACAUCCGAUUCCCCAUGACCUCUUCAUACAAGACAGGCCUCCCUCACCGGCCUUGACGAACCCUGAUAUGAUUCUCCCCUACCGUCCUCUCGAGACUUCAAGCCCGGUACCACUGGCCUCUUCUCCCAUACUACUGGCAUCGCCUCCCCCUGCACGACCCGAUUCUGCUGUCUCAUUGAGUUCGCGUGAUAUUGAAGCUCCCGUCGAGCUGGGUGUUGCAACAACUAUCCGCGUGUCCUCUCGAACGGUUCCUCCAAUCGACACAGCUUAUCACGGCUACGAGCAUGGGGCACCACUGAGUGAUAUCGGCGAAGAAGAGACCCCCAUAUCACGGAAAAGCCGGAUGAUUGACAGCAUGGCAUAUUCGGACCCUCCCUCGCCUACUCCCCUGUCGCGCAGGCUCAGCACCCACUCCUCUUCGAGUACGGGUUCGGAGCUGGGGGAUUGGGAAAACUUUGACACAUCAAGGAUCAUGAACGGGAGACUUGCUGCAGACGUAGCAAAGGUGCAAGAUGAAAAGAUCGAGGAUGCCGACAGCAAGAGGAACAGCGUAAUCGGGAUAAGCACCGAGGACGAGAUGUCGUUACUCAAUGAACGAGCUGAAAAGAUCCUCGCCCAAGCCAGGAAGAGAUUGACUACCAUGGAAGAUAAUUUGAGCAAGGCUCGGCACAGCAUUCUUCUGUCCCCACGAUCCUCUCCGAACAUGUCUGAACUCCAUCAGCCCGCUGGCGGGCUGUACCGUUCGAUCUCCCUGGCUGGUGCCAGCUCGCGCAAACCUCGGACGCUACACCACGUCGCGAGGUCGAAUUCGACACAUUCCAGAAGCGGCAGCGAGACGAACAUCCCCUCUGGCCUGAAGCGCUUGUCUAUGUUCCCAGAGGCGCGGUCAGCGAGUGCUCUUGAAUAUGGAAUCAGGCAAGAAUCGCCGCAGCAGGCCCAUUCUUCGCCGCUCACUCGAUUAGGCGGGGUGUCUCCCGUCAGCAAUCGCAGUUUCAAUUCACCACUCCGUGCUCUGAAAGAGGAGCAAAGCACGCCCAGCACCAGCAAGACUUCCCCUGAAUCAUCUGGACCAAGAGGGCUGGGCAUCAAUACUUUAGCUGCUAUCUCAAGGGAGGAUCUGUCCAUCCUCUCCAGCAGUCCAAGUACUGCUAUCGCCCGUUCGCCCUCGCAGAUGUCGAUCAGGUCCACGAAAGAGAUUCGAGAACAAAUGACCGAUCUACGGAGCAGGAUAUCGGACCUGAAAGAGAAGGCUCACGCCGAUAGUCUGAAGCGACGCAGUUUGCAGAGCUUGAGGACCCCUAGCCCCUUCACAAAUGCGCAAACGCCAGAACAAUGGUACGCGGGUGCUCCCGAGUACAAGGAAGCAGGCAGUCCGCUCAAUACGAAUGCGGGCAUGGGCUGGAGUCCGUCGCAGCACAAAAAGUCUAUAGAAAUCGAGGUUACACCCGUCACCCCGCCCGCACAGAAAUUUCUCAAUAUCGAACAACCGGCAACUAACGAUUCAAGGCUUUUGAGCGAGGCAAGAACAGAUAAAAACACUCCGAGCCUGCACAAAUCUGUCAAUGUGCUCUCGCCUGCAGUCGAUGAAUCAGGUUCCGUCGUUCAGGAGUCACUCUAUGAGGAUGCAGCCCAAGAGUUCGACGAGGAAGAGCCAAUCGCUGCUUCAGACGAAGAGCAGAUUUACUUGAACGAGGUCCUGGAGGAAAGCUUGCAAGAGAUCGAGCCAGAAGUUCCCGAAGUUCCCGAUCAUCUCUUGACGUCCGAACAAGGAGCAGAACGGCACGAAGAUCGAUAUGAUGCCUUUGACUAUGAAAACAUGUUCCUCCACAGUGCUUUGGGUAAUUACACCGGAACAGGGACCCGAAGCGAGAGUCCCAGCGAAAGCGACAAUAGCAGCGUGUCCACAACUCGAGUCGAUCAGAAUACGCCAACCCCUGAAGACCAGGAGGAUGAAGAACAGACAGAAGAGAGAGACGCCGGAGAAAGUUCAGGAACACCAACACCAGUCGUUGAACAUUUUUCUAGGCCACUUGUGCGGCCUCAUCCGACAACUUACUUGCAAGCACCUCCGAAACCCUGGAUGAAGGCUGCACGCAGUAAUAGCAUGGAUUCCGUGUCGACCGUCGCCACUUUCGCGACUGCUACUGAGGGUGAUACGGGUGGAGAGGGUCAUAGCGAGGAUGGGGUGCCGAGUGCGAUCCUGGGAUGGGGAAAUGACAUAGGAUUCCCUCAGCCCCCGAAAAGCCCCGGAGCCGAAAGGACAAUGCCAAUAUGGCCAACACCGCCAAUGAGUGGCAGAGUUCAACAGACACAAAUUGGUUCGCCACGAAAAAUUCAAAGCCAGGUGACUGUGGUUACCAAUGGGAUACCGACUCCUCCUGCACACUCUCCGAAUAUGGCUUUCACAACGUCGCCUAGAUCCGUUCAAGGUGACAAUGGUCCAUCGAAUGAGGCCACGAUCGACCAUCCGGCCAAUACGGAAAUCCUUAUGGAGAGUCUGAUCAAACUUGCAGAUCCUGAGUUCAAGAUAGUCGACGGGCAAGGAUCUGUGACGUUUACAGAUAUCGACAAGGAUCUUGUCCUCGAGCUUUUGCGAGCUGUGGGGGGUGUAUGCAAUCAGAUCUUGAAGGCGGAGAGACAGCACGAGAUCCAUGCCGCAAAAAUCCUAAGAAGAAGGUUGGAUGCGUCGAGAACACUAUUAGAGGGCCAAAGUGGCGAGUAG